UUUCCGGCGACCCUGGGCGUAGGCGCGCGCUUGUGUUCCAAAUGCAUAAAUUCGGUUAUUAUUAUAACAAAUGUUGAUUUUUCCUUCUUUGGUAAUGUGCCAAUCUAACAAGGAAUAGUUUUUCCUAGUUUGAUUGAUGUACUUAUCUGGAUUGGUACAACAUACCCACUACUCACUGAAGCAUAAUAUCGACGUCAACGUGUCUAAAACGAUAAAUUUGUCUGAAAUCAUGGGUUAUGGACGCUUUGUGAUGCUAUUUUUAAAAGGAGUUUAAAGUGUUAUCAUGGUCCAGUGCUUCAACAGCAUGAACAACUUGAACAGCAUGAUGCUGAACGCGUCGCUGGGCGGAGACGGCCGGCCGAUGGAGGAGUAUGACUCGGUACUGGACCCGUUCGGCCGAGACGGCUGGGACUCGCCCGACCCUGACAUCCACAUCGAGUGCCUCAUGCCCAGCGGCAUCGUCGUCCCCCUGGAUGUGCUCAAGGAUGCCACGCUGGAGACCAUCAAACAGAAGCUCUGGGAGAGCGAGUUUCCCCUGCACGGCACGCUGCGGGACAUGUCCCAGUACGUCUUCCAGUGUGUCACGCCAGAGGCGGAGGCCGUGGAACUGCUCGACGAGAGUUGUCCUCUCAUCAGCGUGCGACCCGUGUUUCGAGUACUGCGGGUUAUCGAGCGAGAGGGCGACAAACACGAGAAGCUGCUGCUCUCACAGAUCGGCAACCUCAUCGGGAAAAACAUGCACGCGUUCGAGGCGCACAAUAACAGCGCGGAGGUGAACGAGUUUCGCAGCAGUAUGCGCGAGCUGUGUGCACGCGUGGUGGCGGAACGAGACGCCUUCCCGUGGGAGCAGCGCGUGCGGUACUGCUACCCGUGCUCCGUGGCGUGGGCACAGGAGAUGCCGUUAUUGCUGCGAAAACAGCUGCCCUCCAGUGGUCAAAUCAUGGUGGAGGUCAAACCCCAGUGGGGCCGCGACGGACAGCCGGGCGGCUACACAACUCUCCGUGUCGAACCAUCGAUCACUGCCAGCGAGCUGGUCACCAAAGUCCUAAAAAAGAUGGCACGCAGCAGUCAGCAGGCGCUGCGCAACAGCGCACACUCUGCGCACCUCCAGCAGCCCGACGUACCCAAGGGGUAUACGCUACGAGUGGUCGGUCGCCAGCAGUACCUGGUCUGUGACCUGGCGCUGUGGAAGUACGCGCCCGUGCAGGAGGCGAUGAACCGCGGCGAGCGGCUGAGGCUGCAGCUGGUGGAUAAUCACAGUAUAGAGCUGCCAGACUGGGGCCCCCACCCGGGUGCCGAGCCGGGCCGGUGUCGCGCCCUCUCUGUCAACACGAGCACUCUACAGCGGCGCCGUCACACCCCAGUCAGCAGCUGGGACAUCCACCAGGACUUCAGUCUCGGCAUCAACUCGCUGGCGCACCUGCAAGUCGGCGAGGGCGUCACGGAGAUCGGACUGGAAAUCGCGCUGUUCUGCGGCGCCAAGAAGCUAUGUGAGUCUGUGUGGGUAUCUCAUCCACUGGACGGCGGUCCUCUACCCGACGAGGACCAGGAGCUGCAGGUGGGCGCGACCAAACAGUUCGAGGUGGAGGUGCGCGACCUGCCCCGCAUGACCCGGCUCUCACUGGCGGUGUUCGAGGUGGCCAGACAGGAGCGCGGCUUCAAGUCGGUGCGACAGGACUCGGGAGGAAAGUUGUUCCGCAACUACCUGGCCUGGGUGAACGCGCCCGUGUACGACUACCGCGGUCAGCUGCGACAGGGUACCGUCACCCUCUACCUGUGGCCAUACACGGAGCAUAUGCGGGCCGGGGAGCCCCUGCAGCCGCUCUCCACGGUGGUGGCCAACCCCGAUAGCGAGACGGCCACGCAACUCAGCGUGCAGUUCUCCUGCUACUGCGAGCAGCCAAACCGCGUCGUGAUGUACCCGAGUGCCGAACAGAUGCUGCUGUACGCGCACCAGGCCCCAAACGGCGCCGACCGAGACAGCGACUUCAAACACUUUGGACGCACGAAUACGGAACAAGUGAAAGAAGAGCUGGCUAAGGCUCUGGAAAACAUGCGGGCCUUCGAUCUGGAUGACUAUAGCAAAGAGGUGGUCUGGUCGCUGCGGAACACGUGCAAGAACAUGUGGCCAAACGCGCUGCCCAAGCUCCUGCAGUGCGUCGACUGGUCAAAUGGACAGGAGGUGGCGGAGAUGACCAAACUGCUGGAGGACUGGCAGCCGCUUCCACCGGACAAGUCGCUGGCGCUGCUCGACGUGAAUGUGGCUGACCCGACCGUGCGCCGGUUCGCCGUACGCUGUCUGCAGCAGGCCAGUGACGAAGAGCUGCAGCUCUACUUGCUACAGCUGGUGCAGGCGCUCAAACACGAGAACUACCUGUUCUCGGAGCUGGCAGAGUUUCUGCUGGAGCGAGCCAUCAAGAGUCGACUGAUCGGCUACUGGCUCUUCUGGCAUCUCAGAUCUGAGACCGGCGUGCCGUGUCUGAACGUGCGUAACACCCUGAUACUGGAGGCGUACUGUCGGGCGGCUCCACACCACAUGCACAGCCUCACACGGCUCCACGAGGCGCUCAAGACGCUCAAAGAGAUCACGCAGAAGGUAAAGAACGGCCGAACAGCGCGCAAGGACCGCACCAUGAUCCUGGAGUCCCUGAAGGAGACGGUGACCACCAAGCAUACCCUGAUGGACUUCAUGAACCCACUGGAUGAGACCAUCAUCUGCGGCAAGAUCAGAUGGGAGGAUUUCACCUAUUUCGAGAGCAAGAUGGCGCCACUGCGGCUCAUUUUCCGGAACGGUGACGAGGGCGGUGACGACGUUAACCUGAUCUUCAAGUCGGGGGACGACCUGCGCCAGGACAUGCUCACGCUGCAGAUGAUUCGCAUCAUUGACAAACUGUGGAAGGACCAGGGCCUCGACCUCAGGCUCACACCGUACGGAUGCAUCUCCACCGACCACGAGAAGGGCGUCAUCGAACUGGUUCAGGAGGCCAGCACUAUGGCCAACAUCUACCGCAAGAAGGUGGGCGGCAUGUUCUGGAAGGACACCAUCUACAACUGGCUGCGGAAGCACAACACGACCGACGAGCGGCUGAGCCGGGCAGUGAGGGAGUUCAGUCUGUCCUGCGCCGGCUACAGCGUCAUCACGUUCGUGCUGGGCAUCGCUGACAGACACUCGGAUAACAUCAUGGUGAAGAAAAAUGGGCAGAUGCUGCACAUCGACUUCGGCCACAUCUUGGGCCACUUCAAGUCGAAGCUGGGUUUCCGGCGCGAGCGUGUGCCGUUCGUUCUCACCUCGGACUUUGUGCACGUCAUCACUGAGUGCAACAAGGUGGCCGAGGCUUUCGAGGAGUUUCGGCAGAACUGUGAGAGGGCGUACAUGAUUCUGCGGAGCCACAGCGACUUUAUCAUCUCGCUGUUCGGUAUGAUGGUGUCCACCGGCCUGCCGGACGUGUCAGAGGAGGAGGACCUGCGCUUCCUGCACUCCACUCUGCGACCGGACUUGCCCGAGUCGGAGGCGCUCAAGUUCUUCCAGGAGAAGUUCACCGAGGCCCAGAAGAAGUCCACCUUCGCUUCCAUCAACAACUGGUUUCACGCGAUCAAGACGGAUAACAACGUAUAACAUCCGGCGGUCAGCCGGAUAAGAGGCGACACCAAAUCCUCAGCACCGGGCGCCACAGUUGGAGCCGACUCAGCUCGAACUCAAACUCCGGGCGGUUGUGACCCUCAAGGAUCGAUCUUCGAUCGCGCAGAUCUCCGAUCUGGUGAGUGGCACGGAUCUGGUGGAUCUCUGGGUCCUGUGUGGUCGUCGGCAGUGCCGAUAGGCUGUCGGAGGAUGCGAAAUGACAUUCAAGUACCUGCCGGGUUUCGCGGGACGAGGGUUCGUUGGGGUGUUGAAAUCCUUUGUGGGAUCAGCAGUAUGUGGUUGUGGGCUUUGCAUCCAACAGUUUCGUACUCUUGGAAAGCUUACAUUGUGUUCAAAUGUCGAUCGGAAACUUGACCACUAGUCCUUGUGAUGAGAGACGUAAAUGACAUAUUUGCUGCGCAUAAUAUGCUGAUGUGUGAGUGACCUGUUGUGAGCGUUUGCCCGCUUACGUGCUUACACUUUAGCGGCCCUGUUUUAGUCGUGCCCCAAAGUUGUUCGAUCAAACGUUCAAACAGUAUGCAGGACUCUGGUGGGCGUCCUUGGGCGUCGAAAGGGCAUCCCUGAGCGCCUGCCCAGCGCGUUUCUCGAGAUCGUCGCGUCGCCCGAGCGGGAUGCCCGCGGGCUUGUGAGCGUCGGCGCGAGUUUCGCCUUCCCGUAACGCUGUGACAAUGUUGGUCGAAAUGUGACGGCCAGUGCUUUCAGGACAUGUAAUGACAGAGAAAAACUGGUACGUAGUGAGUAGUUAUGGGGAAGAUUCAGUGGAAAACUGCCGGGGCGGGCGCUAGGUGACCUUGUUGAUGGUGUGCCUCGUUGACCUGUGGAAGUGCUGGAGGGUUGACACGUUGACACGCUCGUUGGUCUGUUUGUGAUGGACGCCGUCGCGCCGUGCCGUCGACUGCCGUGCCUUGAGGAGUGCCGCGGUGCCGCGCUGUUACCGCUUCGCUGUCUGAGAGACGUCUGAGACAGAGCUUCCUCCAGAGCUUUCAGCUCGGCCUGGUUGUGUUGUGCCAGCCGGGCUGUGCGCCGGCCAGCGGCCCUGCGAUGGCACACUGCUUCCGUUCCAAAUCCACCGGCGGCUCUCCGACUGACCGUGUCCUUCAGUGACAUUCCGUCUGUGGCCGCCCUUCACAUCCCUCUCCCUCCGUCGGUGCCUGGAUCUGCCACCGCGCUCUUUGCGCUCACUCAUUGCACGAGACAAUCGCGCUCACACGCGGGCACCCGUACAGAGCAAUAAGUGCUGCCUUCCGACCCCAGUGUGCGAACCUGAUGGGUCCAUUCUCAUUGAUGUGUGUCGGUGCGCCUAGUCUUAUCGUUGUGCCGCGGUCUGCCGGCUUAGUUUGUCAGCAGAGAACUGAGCCUGUGUUCGUCUUAGCGUUUGGUAAUGAUGCAUAAUGUGGCGAAGUGUGGGCCAAAUGAACUGCCCUGAUUUGCGCCGCGGUGAUUUUACAAAUAGUGCUUAGCGAUCAUGGAAGCCGCUUUCAUAUUUUGCUGUGUUUUGUUUAUCUAGUCGAUGAUUGGUCGGUCUGAUCUCCGCCGAGCCAAAUUGCGUGUGACGUCAUACUAGAUCGCGCACGCGAUUGGCUGAUCGCUGUGCCGGAGUUGUGACAUGCAAGACAGGCUUAUAAUGCACAAUAAUGGAGACUGAUUAUGUUGAAGCGUUCCGAUUUUGUCAGGCGUAUACGGGAGAGUUGGGACCUCGUGACUCGUUCGCGUUUUAUUGCGUUGUCGAUCAUGUAUCAUGUCCCAGGUCCCUGUAUGAACAGAGCUUUUGCCUUAUCCGCGUGCUUCGCUUCUUCUUCGUCCACUGUGCGUCCUGGAAAGUCUCUCUGCUCUGCUUCGUCCACAAGCAAAUCGUCACAGCGGCGAGGCCGGACAUGCGCUGUAUUAUGUUUUUGCUGUGCUAUGCUGUUGCCUUCCACAAGCGGCGCUAUGAUUUGGUGACAUUCCCGGGAGAAAAUACGGAUGUUGCGACCACCGGCGAUCUCAGUGCCGACUCUCUCCACAAAAGUCUGAGACUAUCUCGGACGCUGAUUGGUCACAUACGGACUCUGUUAUGCUUGCUGGCACAUUGGCGCGGCGCACCGAACUGCGUCUACUAUGACUUGGUGACUGCGCUGACUCGUUCCAUGCACAAUCAGUAUUGUUUUGUAUCCAUAUGCUGUGCCAUACAAAGAGGUACUUAAUUUUUGUACUCAUAAUCAGCGCCGUGACCGCAGUUUUGCGAAUACAUCCUGUAUCCAGUGA